CCUCCCUCAUCAUCGGGAGUCCUGACUGCAGCCCUGCUAUUUGCUCUGACAGUAAGCAGCAUGAGCGUGCGUUUCAGCUGUCACGGGGAUCUUAAGGAACUGUUUGAGAAAAGACCUUUAUAUUGGCGGGGAGCAAGCAGACAAUGACUUUUCCAAUGAGAUGUUAAACAAACCAUGUCAUGGUCAAUUGUUCAGCGUUAAACUGAUUAACUGCAAAACUACCAGCCCUUAGUUAUUCAAAGCACUUUGCUACAGGACACUCCUUUGAUUACUGACUAUUUUACCUGGACCUAAUAAUUACAGCUCAAAAAUGGCAAAAUUAUUUCUUCUUAUGGUUGUGGGAGUCUUUCUGGAGUACAACAAAGUCUUUGGCCUGCAGCAGACUUUGCCACGAGUGUAUCUCACAGCUAAAGAACUGAAGGCCACCGGAACAUCACAGUUCUACAGUCUGUCCUUGGAUCCUUUGGAUUAUAGAAUCCUACUCAUGGAUGAAGAUCAAGACCGCCUGUAUGUAGGCUCUAAAGAUCACAUUCUGUCUCUCAAUGUAAACAACAUCAGCCAGAGCCCCCUUUCUGUUCACUGGCCAGCGUCAGGCAAUAAAGUCGAUGAAUGCAAAAUGGCUGGCAAGGAUCCAAGUACUGGAUGUGGUAAUUUUGUUCGUGUCAUUCAAGUUUAUAACCGGACUCAUCUCUUUGUUUGUGGAAGUGGUGCAUUUAGCCCUGUCUGCACAUACAUCAACAGAGGUCGCAAAUCUGAGGAUCAAAUAUUCAUGAUAGAGUCAAAAAAUGAAUCGGGGAAGGGCCGCUGCUCAUUUAACCCUCAGGUUGACACCGUGUCCUUUAUGAUCAAUGAGGAGUUAUUUUCAGGGGUGUACAUUGACUUCAUGGGAACUGAUGCAGCAAUAUUUCGCAGUCUAACAAAAAGAAACAGUAUAAGGACAGACCAGCACAACUCCAAGUGGUUAAGUGAACCUGUAUUUGUGGAUGCGCAGUUCAUUCCUGAUGGCACAGACCCAAAUGAUGCGAAACUCUACUUUUUCUUCCGGGAGAAGGUGACAGAUGGCAAUGGUAAUACCAAGCAAAUCCACUCCAGGAUUGCCAGAAUAUGUCCAAAUGACAUUGGAGGUCAGCGCAGUCUUGUUAACAAAUGGACAACAUUCUUAAAGGCCCGUUUGGUAUGUUCAGUAAUAGAUGAUGAUGGCACAGAAACUCACUUUGAUGAACUGCAGGAUAUUUUUUUAUUAGAAACAGAAUAUCCCAAGAGCUUGCUCGUCUAUGGACUGUUCACGUCUUCGAGCUCAGUUUUUAAAGGGUCGGCUGUGUGUGUCUAUAACAUGCUUGAUAUUCACACGGUAUUCAAUGGACCAUUCGCCCACAAAGAGGGACCAAACCAUCAAUACGUUCCGUACCAAGGCAGGAUCCCAUAUCCCAGGCCAGGCACUUGCCCUGGAGGAGCAUUUACACCAAACACAUUGUCAACAAAGGAGUUUCCCGAUGAAGUAGUUGCAUUUAUCCGGAACCAUCCCAUGAUGUAUAAUUCUAUUUAUCCAAUCAAUAAGCAGCCACUGAUUGUAAGGAUUAAUACUGAUUACAAGUACACGAAGAUAGUGGUGGACCAAGUGAAGGCUGCAGAUGGAAGAUAUCAUGUCCUCUUUCUUGGUACAGAUAAGGGAACUAUCCAGAAGAUUGUGGUUUUGUCAAAAAAUGCAUCGAACAAAGAAGAGCUUAUCUUGGAAGAAAUGGAAGUAUUUGAGAAUCAAUCAGCCAUCACAACAAUGAAGAUUUCAUCCAAAAAGCAACAACUAUACGUUAGUUCUGAUGAAGGAAUUGCCCAGGUGUCCUUCCAUCGCUGCCAUGUCUAUGGUGCAGCUUGUGCUGACUGCUGCUUGGCCAGAGACCCCUACUGUGCCUGGGAUGGCAAAUCUUGCUCCAGGUUUUAUCUGUCUGGCAAAAGGAGGAGUCGUAGGCAGGAUGUGAGACAUGGCAACCCAAUGACUCAGUGCAGAGGCUUUAAUCUGAAAGCAUACAGAAAUGCUGCUGAGUCUCUGCAAUACGGAGUGAAAAACAGCACUGCCUUCCUCGAGUGCACACCGAAGUCACCCCAAGCGUCCGUCAAAUGGUUGAUGCAGAAGGAAAAUGACAGAAGAAAGGAAGUAAAACAAGAUGACAGAAUUCUAGUGACUGAACAUGGCCUCUUGAUCCGUUCAGUACAAAGCAAUGACAGAGGGAUUUAUCACUGUGUGGCCACUGAGAACAACUUUAAAAGCACCGUGACCAAGGUCAAGCUGAAGGUUGUUGAUACAGAAUUGCUUUCCUCCAAAAUUAGCAAAGGAACACCGUGGCCUUGGAGCGCUGCCAACGACUUGGGGGGAGUGCAGGUCCUUCACAAGGAUCUGGUAGGACUAUUUAGUUACUCUGAAAUGCAGGCGAUCAAUAAGUACUGUAAAGAGAGUUGGCACAAGCAGAGAAAGAGUGGGGAGGGACUAUCAAUUAGAAUAGAUCAUUCAAAAUUAAAGGCCCUCAUUGACAGAAGAAAAAGUCGGAACAGAAGAAACCAUUUGCCUGUUACUUAGAGGACUGCCUACAAAGAAUGUCUUUGUCAGUAUGAACCUAUUUAAUAUGAAUUGUACAGAACACAUCUGUAGUCAUUUUCUUCUAUUUUUAUCUUUUCAAAAUACAAAUAAAUUCUUACUGCCUGUGCAUGCCAUAAUUAACAGAACAGUUCGGUUUAAUACUUUUUUGUAUGUAAUGUCCAAAUGUACAUUUAGUUUUAAUUUUGUGUCUAGUUAGAAUCACUUGGAAGGCAGUUGUACUCUGCUGAAGCAUUUAAACUUAAUUCAGAGCACUGCCUUAAUCUGUAAUCUAAAGCUGCUCUAUCUCCUUGACUUCCAACCACUUCAGUCUAGGCAAAGGAGCCAAACAUAGGACUAGUUCAUCACAAUUUAGUGGUCAGGCUGGCUGAAACAUUCAAUUCAUUUUCAUGAGAACAUGUAUGAUUAGUUUGGAAUGGUACUAGUCAUGACAAUAUGCUAUAGGGAGAGUCAGGAACACCGAAGACAUAAUAGAACUUGUGCUUUAAUGGUAUAAUUAUGUGAAAUGUGAGGGGGUUGGUAUCUUAAGAGCAAAACCUCGAGGGAAAUUAUCUUAAGAAAUCAAUUCACUAAAUAUUAAAUAUACUUCAAUUUAUCGUAAAUAGCUGUUAUACUGUAGAAAAUGAUGUUACUUUGAAAAUGUAAAGCUGCUGUAUAUCAGAAGUAUUGACAGGACAUAUUGGAAGGACACAACAAUCCAGUCAUCUUUUGCAAAGAAAUUAAUGUCAGCAUCACACAUUAAACUUUCAGGUUCUAAAGACCCGUUAAUUGAUUUGCUGUGUGUUUGUAAUAGUUGAUGUUCCUAUUUCAAACUUGGUUUUGUCUUGUAAUUGCAUUUCCCCUUAUCCAGUUUGAGAUGCAACAAAUUUUUUAAAAAUUACUAUUGUCCUUUGUGAAACAAGUAAUCCACAAUGAAAAUAGAACAAUAUGUGGUCAUUUAAUAAAAAUGAAUUUUCAUUAGGUAAGCGACUAUUAAGUCUACACGUUGCCAAACUUAACGACAUAUAGAUUAACGUUGUGGAAAAUAAGCUACACCAGAAGAAAACCACAAAUGAUAUCAAAUAUCUCUAGCAUUUCUGCUAGGACUUACCUGUAAAAAUAAAUGUGUUAUGUGUCUUCAUUGUGAAUGUUUAAGAUAUUAUUUAGUAUGUUUAAAUGUUUUGGUAUGUUUAAAUGUUGUUUGGUAUGCUGUAAUGUGUAGAUUGGGGGCAAAUAGUAUUUUCUGUCUGCCAGUGUAAGCUGCAAGCUCAAAUAUCUUUGUACAGUUUUUAUGAAAAUUACAUUGCUGUCAUAGAAAACGGCAAAUUGAACAGAACUUUUUGUUCAUAUAAUAGUGAUUAACAUGAUGAAAUAUAGAUUAAAUUCUCCUGAUCUAAAUUAUGUAAAACAUGACACAGUGUACUUUCAUGGUGUUGAUAAUAAAUCUUCAAAGACACA